UCUUCUUCCUUCUCUCUCUCUCUCUAUCUCUAUUCUCAACCCUAGUUAACUAAUAUUCCUCCGUCCGAAGCUGGUGGCGCCGCCGCUUAUUGUGGUGGUUGUGACGAUCGAUAGAUCAUGACGAUGACAAAGGUGGCCGAUGUAUGGAAUGUGGUGCACGGUUUGAAGCCGGCGAUGUUAAUGGUGGUGGUUCAGAUAGCAUUCGCCGGCGUCAAUGUUCUGUACAAGCUCGCCGUCAACGACGGCAUGAACCUCAGAGUCGUCGUUGCUUAUCGCUUUAUCUUCGCCACUGCUUUCAUUGCUCCUGUUGCUCUCAUUCUGGAAAGGAAGAAGAGACCAAAGAUGACUUGGAAGGUACUGUUUCAGGCAUUUCUUUGUGGCUUAUUUGGAGGAUCAGUGGCACAAAACUUAUACUUGGAAGCAUUGGCUUUAACAUCAGCAACAUUUGCUUCUGCGAUGGCCAAUCUUAUUCCAGCCAUCACCUUUAUCCUGGCCGUCUCCUUCCGGUUGGAAAUUCUAAAUUUAAGGACGGCAGCAGGAAAGGCCAAGAUCAUUGGAACAAUAACAGGAAUAAGUGGGGCUAUGAUUCUAACAUUCUUCAAAGGUGCACAAAUAGACACAGGCUCCUUCCACGUCACCCUCAUGCAUCAUCGCAACGGACACGUGGCAUCACCGCAAUCUUCCACAUCAUCAAGUGGUAGUAACACCCUCUUAGGUGCCCUCUGUGCUCUGGGAAGCAACUUCAGUUAUGCUACGUGGCUCAUCAUUCAGACUAAGAUGAGUGAGAGUUAUCCAUGUCAUUACUCAAGCACAGCUUUGAUGAGUCUGAUAGGUUCAAUCAUAUCUGUUGGUUUUGCUCUCUGCCUUGAGAGGGAUUGGUCUCAGUGGAAGUUAGGUUGGAAUGUUAGGCUUCUCACUGCGGCCUAUUCGGGAAUAGUGGUUUCUGGAGCUAUGGUGGUGGUGAUGGCUUGGUGUGUACAUAUGAGAGGCCCUCUUUAUGUGUCUGCUUUCAACCCUCUUUUGCUUGUGUUUGUGGCCCUGGCUGGGUGUUUUAUGUUAGAUGAGAAGCUGCAUCUUGGAAGUGUAAUUGGAGGGGUAUUGAUAAUCUGUGGGUUAUAUGUGGUUCUAUGGGGAAAGGGCAAAGAGAUGAAGAAGAUGAACCAACUUGUUCCAUCACAAAGCCUUCAUGAAAUCAUAGUGACAUCUCCAACAGAAGAUAAAUGUGCUCCACAUAACAAUAAUAGUGAUGAUGAAGCUAUUAGAGAUGGUGAUUAUUCAUCAGAAAAUGCAUGUGAUCAAGAGUUGCAGGAUAACCAGAAUAAUAAAAGCUAGAGAUCGGAGGAGGAGGAGGAGGAGGAGGAAGAAGAAGCAAUAUGAAGAAGUAGUUAAAAUAUUAUAUAUUCAGUUCUUUUUUUUUUUUUCAAGAAGUUUUAGGUUAUGCCAUCCUUUUCUAAUAGCUCCCACACUUGUUAUCAGCAUUUUUGGUGGCUUAGAGGAAAAGCAAGAGAUAGCCGUAGAUGCUUUAUAUAUUUUUAUUUUCUUUGUUUAGUAGUUUAUUUUGUUUUAUAUAUUUUAAUUUGUUUUAAUGUUCAGUCCGGAAAGCAUAUUUCCAAUUGUAACAUAUAGAAGGAAUGGCAAUAAGUUCUUUUAUUUUUAAUUUUCUGUUGGAUCAUAUAUUAUCAAAUUGUGCCCUUGUUGUCGGAUUGGGG